AUGUGGCAGACUAGUUUGGAGGAGUGUGGCAGUGUAAGCUUGGAGGAGUGUGGCAGUGUAAGCUCUGAGGAGUGUGGCAGUGUAAGCUUGGAGGGGAGUGGGAGGACGCCCACGGGUGGGACGUGCGUUACAGGCGCCCACGGUGGGACGUGUGUUACAGGCGCCCACAGUGGGACGUGUGUUACAGGCACCCACGGUGGGACGUGCGUUACUGACGCCCACGGUGGGACGUGCGUUACAGACGCCCACGGUGGGACGUGUGUUACAGGCGCCCACAGUGGGACGUGUGUUACAGGCACCCACGGUGGGACGUGCGUUACAGACGCCCACAGUGGGACGUGCGUUACAGGCACCCACGGUGGGACGUGCGUUACAGACGCCCACAGUGGGACGUGCGUUACAGGCGCCCACGGUGGGACGUGCGUUACAGGCGCCCACGGUGGGACGUGUGUUACAGGCGCCCACAGUGGGACGUGCGUUACAGACGCCCACAGUGGGACGUGCGUUACAGGCACCCACGGUGGGACGUGCGUUACAGACGCCCACGAUGGGACGUGUGUUACAGGGCGCCCACAGUGGGACGUGUGUUACAGGCACCCACGGUGGGGACGUGUGUUACAGGCGCCCACAGUGGGACGUGUGUUACAGGCAACCACGGUGGGACGUGCGUUCCAGACGCCCACAGUGGGACGUGCGUUACAGGCACCCACGGUGGGACGUGCGUUACAGACGCCCACAGUGGGGACGUGCGUUACAGGCGCCCACAGUGGGGACGUGCGUUACAGGCGCCCACGGUGGGGACGUGUGUUACAGGCGCACACAGUGGGACGUGUGUUACAGGCACCCACGGUGGGACGUGCGUUACAGACGCCCACGGUGGGACGUGCGUUACAGACGCCCACGGUGGGACGUGUGUUACAGGCGCCCACAGUGGGACGUGUGUUACAGGCACCCACGGUGGGACGUGCGUUACAGACGCCCACAGUGGGACGUGCGUUACAGGGGCACACGGUGGGACGCGUGUUAACAGGCGCCCACGGUGGGACGUGCGUUACAGGCGCACACGGUGGGACGUGUGUUACAGGCGUGCACGGUGGGACGUGUGUUACAGGCGCCCAAGGUGGGACGUGUAUUACAGGCGGCCACGGUGGGACGCGUGUUACAGGCGCCCACGGUGGGACGUGUGUUAUAGGCGCCCACGGUGGGACGUGUGUUAUAGACGCCCACGGUGGGACGUGUGUUAUAGGCGCCCACGGUGGGACGUGUGUUAUAGGCGCCCACGGUGGGACGUGCGUUACAGGCGCCCACGGUGGGACGUGUGUUACAGGCGCCCACAGAGGGACGUGUGUUACAGGCGCCCACGGUGGGACGUGCGUUACAGGCGCCCACGGUGGGACGUGUGUUACAGGCACCCACGGUGGGACGUGUGUUACAGACGCCCACAGUGGGACGUGCGUUACAGGCGCCCACGGUGGGACGUGUGUUACAGGCACCCACGGUGGGACGUGCGUUACAGACGCCCACAGUGGGACGUGCGUUACAGGCGCCCACGGUGGGACGCGUGUUACAGGCGCCCACGGUGGGACGUGCGUUACAGGCGCCCACGGUGGGACGUGCGUUACAGGCGCUCACGAUGGGACGUGCGUUACAGACGCCCACAGUGGGACGUGCGUUACAGGCGCCCACGGUGGGACGUGCGUUACAGGCGCGCACGGUGGGACGUGCGUUACAGGCGCCCACGGUGGGACGUGUGUUACAGGCGCGCACGGUGGGACGUGUGUUACAGGCGCCCACGGUGGGACGUGUGUUACAGGCGCCCACGGUGGGACGUGUGAACGCUCUUCGUUACAGUGA